UUGACUGCGGUACUUGCCCAAUCAGCUGGCGGUUUCAGCUUGAGAUAGAUUGAUUGAUGAUACAGUAAACCGACGGCCGCACUGCGACUCGUCUCUGCUUUCCUAACAAGCCGUUUCCUUGGCUUUCUGCCCUAUAAUCAGAGGGAAAGGGUGGCCAUGAGGCGGCUGGGGUGUCUCUGCAUCUUGAUUUCGUGUAUGCUCGUUCUGGUCUACGCGUCCGACUACCGUGAUGAUAUUUUCGGCCGGGAUAAAGCAAACCAGGAGGGGGCGAAGGCUAUCAACGAGAAAAAUGGGUUCAAUUUUCCAUUCAUACUCUUUGGCGGUUUGUUAUCGAUGUUAACCUACGUUACUCCUUUCGUGGUCCACUGGAGUACCGGUAGCAAUCCAAAUGCUCUCAAGAUUGUUUACACCAACACCGACUUCAUCAAAACAGGAAUGGCAACUCUUGCGUGGCUAUCGUUUUCCCUAUGCCAACUACAUGGAGCCAAUGGAAAAAUUGUUGGUGCUCCAGCUGUGGCUAUCUAUUCUGCUGGGCUUAUCAUCUAUGGCACAUCACUAGUUUUCAAGUGGAGCCCGAGUGGUGUUAUGAGUGAUGCGGUAUGCCACACCACAAUGUUAUCGAUGUUGCUCAUCGUCAUUCUAUUGCUGGAUGUGGGAGUUUUUGGACAUCUCAAGAGAGAACAUAAAAUUGCAAAUACCAUAUCUGCAUUGGCCACCCUGACACAGGUGGCAUCUUCGCUGCUCCCACAUGGUGACCUGUGCAAGGGAUGCAUUUGUCAAGAUCAGGCACCUGAUGCCAAGGUUCCUCGAAUCAGAAACAGGAGGAAGUUGGUUGUCUACAUACGCUCCUUGGAGGCUGGUUUCACGCUGUAUUGGGCAGGCUGCUGCAUCUAUCGUUAUGACCACACGUAUUUCAGGAUAGCUAACAUUACCUCCGUGAUUCUAUCAUGUAUAGCUUCUUACAUCUCCAUCUUCGAGGCGCUCAAACCAGUUCUGGGAGAUAACGAUGAGGAGGCACUCAAAACUGUAAUCUAAGUAGUGAUGCGAGUUAUGCCUUUAGCACGACGAGUUGUUUCAGCUAGUUGUAACCGUUGUAAAAGACCAUUUACUCCGUCUCUUAAUGAAGUUCGGACGGCUUCUGCUGGCUAAGCGACGAGGAGGCGGAGGCCGCAAGGGAGUAGUUUCUAGUUCCAUUGUUAGCUUGAUGAUAUAGUUAGAGUUCAGACGUUGAGAUGGUCUUUGUGGUGUAUAAAGUUAGAAUGUAUU